CUAACCUGGGCUCCCUGUGUGUAGCAGCGGGGGCGACGUGGGGACGUCUCGGCAUUCUCUCCUCCAUCUCCUUCCACCUUCUGUCUCGCUCCGUCCUCUCCCGGAGAUAAACUCCAACUAUGGGUUUUGUGGGUCUCGGUUUGACGGUCCUCCUGGCCUCUCUGGUCGCUCUCUGCUCCGCGGGUUCGGACGCGCCCCGGGGUGUCGCGGUCGGGUUCGUUUUUGACCCCAAAGCGACGUGUGAGCCGCUGUGCAGACACGGAGGGGUCUGCAUCCGCAACAACACAUGCUUCUGCUCCAAGGGCUAUGAAGGGGAGACCUGCCAGUAUGCCAACUGUUACCCCAAAUGUAAGAAUGGAGGGACGUGUCUUCGCCCUGGAAAAUGCAGAUGUCUUCCAGGAUAUGGAGGGAGAUACUGUCACAAAGUGACGUGCGACGGGGGAUGCUGGAACGGAGGCGAAUGCACCGCCGUCAAUGGAGUGGCCAAGUGUAUCUGCCCCUCGAGCUGGACGGGCUCAAAAUGCCAGGAGGCAAUCUGUCCCCAAGGCUGCAGGAACGGGGGAGUCUGUGUGGCUCCAGGAAUCUGCAGCUGUCCGGAGGGAUGGCUGGGUGGCGCCUGCCACACUGCUGUGUGCGCUCAGUCCUGCCUGAAUGGAGGGAAGUGCAUUUCACCAAACAAAUGCCGCUGUCGCCCCCCUUUCUCUGGCCCUCGCUGCGAGGAGAGGAAAAAGUCACACUAGUGUGACCCUGCUGGGGUCAAAGGUCAAAGAGGCCCAAUAAGGGACUUAAUGCUGACGGGGACAAUUCAAUUUUUAAGCUGAAACUUUUGUAGUUUUUACAUUUUUUUUUAUCCUGUAUGCAAUUCUUUUAUAAGAAUCCUUGAACCUGUUUGUUCUCAUUUGACUGUAUAAACAUGU